UGUGGAGGAGAUGUUGGCAAUGUAGCCGCUUUUUUGGACAGUUUCGCUGUUAUCUUCGUUUGUCUGUCGCCUGACCCGCAACUCUCUCCUAAUUCACUUCGAAUUGAACUGAAAGCCACUUUAAAUUCGUUUUCACAUCCAGGAACAGACUCAGCGAUGAACUCUGGAAGCGGACGAGAACAUUUCACUUGGACGCUUUGAGCAUUUCCAGCGAUGGACAAGCAGAAAGUGCUGGCUCGGCUGGUUUCAGACCUGCAGGCGUUCUUGCUGGUUCUGGACAGUGAGAAUCUCAGUUAUAUCGCUCAGGCCCAGAAAAAAUCAAUCUCAGAGCUGCUAAAUAAACUGCAGGACAAUAAGGAUGCACCAGUAGAGGAUGCGGAGUACAUGAUUAUGAACUGUCCCUCUGGAGGCCCCAGUGAUCUCAGGGAAAGCACCACUGCUGAGGCUCAUUCGACAGAGGAAACUCUUUCAGUCAGCUCUACUGACCUCCUGCAGCCCGGGUCUAUGAGUCCUGCUGUUCCCCCGCAUGCCCCGUGUUUAGAAGACGAGGACUGUUACGAGGAGGCAGAACCGUUUGUCCCGGCCAGUCAGUCUACAGAUAAAGUGGAUUCAGACAGCAGUCACUACGAGUCGUAUGGCGAAGAGGAUGAUGAGGAGUUUGUGAAGGACAGAGCUCACUACAUCCAGUGGAGCUCCUCUCAACCGUGUUUAAGACCCGUGCCAGAGUCACGCAUCUGCGGAUACCUCUGGAAGAAGAAGUGGCUGGGUCAGUGGACGCGCCAGUUCUUCAUUAUUAAGCACAACUCACUACUGUGUUUUAAGUGUGCUAAAGACCUGCACCCUCUGCUGGAGCUAAACCUCACAGGUUGUUACGUGGUCUACAAAUCCAAUCACAGUAAGAAGAUGCAGCACGAGCUGAAGGUGGUGGCCGGUGCCGAAACGGUUAUCUUGGGCUUCCAGAGCAGCACGCAGGCCGAAGAGUGGAGGAAGAUAAUAGAAGAAGUGAGCGGCUCCUCUUAUUAUGAGCCUGAAUCCCAAGGCUCUUCAUCCAUCCUGAGGAGCGAAAGGCUGGACUCUUGCAGGUCAAGUACUGUCCUCCAUACGGACUCGGAUGAAGAGAAAAUCUCAAGUCUUCCGUCUGCAGUUAGCAGUGUGGAAAUCAAAGACAAAGACCUAG